AUGGCGAGCUGGGCCGUGGAGUUACUCGGCUUCUCCCUCAGCCUGCUGGGCCUGCUCGGGACGCUGAUCACCACCCUCCUGCCCCACUGGUGGCGGACGGCCCACGUGGGCGCCGCCGUCGUCACGGCCGUGUCCCACACCAAGGGGCUGUGGAUGGAGUGCGCGUGGCACGGCACCGGCGCCUUCCAGUGCCAGGCCCACCGCUCGCAGCUGGCGCUGCCGCCCGACCUGCGUGCCGCGCGGGCCAUGAUGGUGGCGUCGUGCUGCCUGUCGGCGCUGGCCUGCGCCGUGGCCCUGCCGGGGAUGCGCUGCACGCGCUGCGCCGACGCCCACCCCGCCAAGGCCUCGCUGGCCGUCUCCGGCGGCACCGUGUUCCUCGUGGCCGGCCUGCUCUGCCUCGUGCCCGUGUCCUGGAGCGCCAACGACGCGGUGAUGGAUUUCUACAACCCCGCGCCGCCCGGCGGGGUGAGGUACGAGCUGGGCCAGGCCCUGUACCUGGGCUUCGCCUCGGCGCUGCUGACGCUGCUGGGGGGAGCCUUGCUGUGCUCGCCCGCCUGGUGUCGUGGCGAUGGGGUGGCUCUCCAGCUCCGGACUGAUCCCUCCUGCUCACCACCCGCUGCCUGCGAGGGAAACCCUGCCCCUUCCCUGACAUCUGAGAGCCACGGCGGGUACAGGCUGAGCGACUACGUGUGA